UUCACCUUCUGAAAGUAUCGUUUAGUAGUUUCUCUAUAGAAAAUGAAUUAUAUGCAUUAUUUUCGGAGACUUUUAGUGUUCAGUCUGGAGUUUUUUUAACACUGCAUAUUAAAAGUGAGGAAGUUUUAAAUACUUUGACAAUCGGCUGACAGUUGUCUUUGAUCAUUUCACACAAAUUUGAUGCAGAAUAAUUGGAUAUGUGUAAUAAACCUUCUCUUGUGUAUCCUGCCACUUGAAGACUGAUGUAUUAAAUUUUAGGUGUAACCCAUUUUAUAGAAAUUGCCAAAAAUGUCGAGCACUGGUGGAAGCUCUGUUCCUCGCAUCCAGGUCUUUCGACCUACCAUGGAAGAAUUCAAAAACUUUUCAAAAUACAUUGAAAAAAUAGAAUCAUUAGGAGCACAUAAAGCUGGCUUAGCUAAAAUAAUCCCGCCAGAGGGCUGGUGUCCACGUAAGAAAGGUUAUGAUGAUAUAGAUCUCAUCAUUCCUGCUCCUAUUAGUCAAGUUGUUACUGGGCGUGGUGGUUUGUAUCAGCAGUUAAACAUUCAGCAGAGAGCAAUGACGGUGAAAGAAUUUAAAAAGUUGGCUGAAAGUAAUAAAUUUAAGACUCCCCCACAUUUUGACUAUGAAGAUUUAGAAAGAAAAUAUUGGAAAAACAUAACAUAUAAUUCACCCAUAUAUGGAGCAGACGUAUCGGGAUCUCUGUACGAUGAUGGAGUAGAAGAAUUUAAUAUUCAGCACUUGAACACAAUUUUGGAUAUGGUGAAAGAAGACUAUGAAAUACAAAUAGAGGGAGUUAAUACUGCAUAUUUAUAUUUUGGGAUGUGGAAAACAACUUUUGCAUGGCAUACAGAAGAUAUGGAUUUAUAUAGUAUAAAUUACCUUCAUUUUGGUGCACCAAAAUCGUGGUAUGUUGUCCCUCCCGAGCAUGGAAGGCGACUUGAACGUUUAGCUGCUGGGUUUUUUCAUGGAAGCCAUCAGACUUGUUCUGCAUUUUUGCGGCACAAAAUGACAAUUAUUUCUCCUCAUGUACUGAAACAAUAUUCAAUUCCUUGUAAUAAAAUUACCCAAGAACCUGGAGAAUUUAUGAUAACUUUUCCUUUUGGUUAUCAUUCUGGUUUUAAUCAUGGAUUUAAUUGUGCAGAGUCUACUAAUUUUGCUUUACCACGAUGGAUAGAAUAUGGAAAAAGAACAAUGUCGUGCACAUGUCGUAAUGAUUGUGUAAAAAUAUGCAUGGAUAUGUUUGUACGAAAAUUUCAACCUGACAGGUAUGAACUGUGGAAAGCUGGAAAAGAUUUUGGCACUCAUCCUGAAGAUCCAUCUAGACAUUAUGCUGCACCCGCACCUAAGAAAUUGGAAUUAGCACUAUCUGCUCAAAGAGAAGAACGAAAAAAGGCUAAAGAGUCUCAAAAAAUUAAAAGGCAUCCAAUUUCUAAAAAGCUAGAGCAGAAAAAAGAAAUUCCAGAAGUCUGUGAAGCUAUUCCUAGACAUAGCGAUAAUGAAGAAACAGAACUGUAUGACGUAAAUGAAGUGAUACAUCACAAAAAUAAGAAAAAGCAGCUCAAAAAGGAAGUUAUGGAGGAUAAUAAUAUAGAACAGAUGGAAAUUGUAGCUGAUCCUGAUGAGAAAAAUGAUGAAAUAACUAAGAAAUUGGAUGUGCAAGAUAGUCCACCACAACUCAAACCAUUUUGGGAUCCGGAAACGGAAAAAAUUAAGAAUAACGGUGAAAAAGAAAUUGUACCAGAUAACGUUAAAGAUGAUUAUCAAAGACAUGUAGAACUCCUUGAAAAGUACCCUCAAUUAAAGCAAGCUAUAAACAGUGGUACAAUGUCUGUAGUGCUUAUUAAUCCUUCAUCUGCAGAAAAGUCUAUGUUGCCAUUAACUCCAGUAAGCACUCAGUGUGAAAGUAACUUUAAAAGUAAAGGGCCUCAGAGUUUAAAGCCCUCUUAUACAUUUACUGCUUCAAAUUUUUCAAAUACAGUUUUUUCUCAAACUUGGCGUUGUGAGCAGAUAAAUAAUAGUCUAAAAAUAAAAUUUGUUCAGCCUAAAAAAAUUCAGCAAAAUGUUAUUGAAACACAUUCAAACAAUUCUGUACUUUCUUCUUCAAAUGAUUCUGUCCUGCCACAAACAUCGCUGAAGUGUGCCGUUGUUUCAAAUGCAAAAUCAGAAAUGUCAAAUGAAAGCCAAAAAAGUCUUACUACCAAAGAUUGUUCAUCUGAUGAAUCUAAAAAUGUAAAUAAUAUCAGAGUCAAACGAGCUGAUGGCUCUCAAGACAAUUGGGCUCAGCCUCUUGCCGAAUUAUGGCAUCAUCAGGCUUUUAACUUUGAAGCUGAAUGUAAUUUUAAUGAGAAAUUAUCCAGCAUACCACCACAUUGUGCUGUCUGUGUGAUCUUCACCCCUAUGCAUACGAAAAACAGCUUUCCAUCUGAACCUGUUAAUGUGCCUUCAUACAGUGCAGUCAAAAUGCCUGUCUUCUGUUAUGGCAACUCAUUAAAUAGUGAGUGCUUAUUGGAUACAAACUCGUUGCUUAGGCGAGAUGGUACUGCUCCUCUUUUAAUUUGUUCUGUAUGUAAAAUUUGCGUCCAUGCUACAUGUUAUGGUAUAUCCAUGCUGCCUAUGAGAUCUUGGAUGUGCACUAGAUGCACAAAGCAAGCUGCUGAAGCAGAAUGUUGCUUAUGUGUUCUGAGGGGUGGUGCACUUAAACCUACAACUGAUGGACGAUGGGCUCACAUAGUUUGCGCUGUUCUCAUUCCUGAAACAUACUUUGAAAGCACUGUUUUAAAACAACCUAUAAAUGUAUUAAGUAUAACGUCUAACCGCCAGCGUCUGAAAUGCAAAUACUGUUUCAAAUCAUCAUGCCAUAAAGAUUCAAAAGGAACAUGUGUUCAGUGCCAGAGUGGAAAAUGUUAUUUACCAUUUCAUGUCACUUGUGGAUAUAUGGCUGGUGUCAUUUUUGAAACUAGUGAUUGGCCUGAGCCAAUUCAUAUGAUAUGCACAAGACAUGCAUCUGCCAGGCGAAAGCCAACUAAACGACAAUUGACCAAUGUUUCUGUUGGAGAGAGAGUGAUUGCUAAGCAUACAAACCGAAGAUAUUACUGGGCAAAUGUGAAGAAAAAGUACAUGCAAGAAUACUAUUCCAUAUUAUUUGAAGACAAUUCUCACUCCACCAAUACUUUACCUGAAGACAUUGUCAGCAGAAAUGUUGCAAUACAUGGUUCUCCUCAAAUAAAUGAGAAAGUCAAAGUUAAAUGGACAGAUGAUAAAAUUUACAAUGGAAUUUUCAAAGGAUCUCAGUCAUGUGAAUUAUAUGUUAUCGAGUUUGAUGAUGGAUCUGUUUUACAUCAAGAGAGGAAACAAAUUUAUGCUGCUGAUGAAGAUUUACCAAAAGAAGUACAAUCAAAAAUGUCUCAUUCGAGUGAAAGAAGGAGCCAUGAUUUUGUCUCUGAAACAGAAGGCAAGCGCAUAAGAAUAUCCAACCAUAAGUAUUUGCCGAACUGAUUUAUUAAAACUUGCAUAUGUUCUAUCUAUGUGUUCAAUGCUAUGUGUGAAUUAUCAUGUUAGCAGAAUAUAUGUAUGGUUAAAAAUCUGGUAUAUAUUUCUGUUUCAGAAUAUUGGCAUUAUGUCAUCAGUUUCAUUGUAAUUAUUCAUACUUUGAUAACAUUUUAAAAAUAUUACUUUAGUAGUUCAAUCCGAUAGCAAAUCUGAAAUUGUAAAUAAAUGAAAAAUCAUUAUUUCAUGGGAAAAAACAUCUAAUAUAUUAUCACUGCGAGCAUGAAUUAUAUUGUUGCUCUAGGAAUUGUACAGCAUAGGCCAAUGUACAUAUCCCAUAAAUUUGAUUAUGUGUAUGUAUUGUAAUGCCAUUUAAAUAUUAUUAUUACUUUUUCUUGUUCUUCCCCACCUUUCCUUCUCCCCCUCCUUUCCUUUCCUCUCAUCCAUUAAAUGAUUAAAUUUUACAGUUUCUGUCUACCUUUUUUCUUUCAUUUGAAACAUAAAACUUGCUAUAUAAUUUUAAAUUGAUUUCAAAGUUAUGAACUUAGCUUCAUUUUGUAAUGUAUCUUCUUGUAACUUAUGUAUGUAUUAGUCAUCAAAAUUUGUUUUUAUGAUUUACAUUAAUUUUAUUAAUUUUGAGUGUCUUUUAUUUAAUAUGUCAAAAUUAGUGUCUCUUUUGGUAGAAGUGUGUAUGUUUUAAAUUAAAGAAAGCAUACGGUUUAAAACAUAAAUUUCAGGCGUGGACUGAGUUUUGCCAUUGGCAGUGUGUGUCAGUUCUAGCAUGUGUAUAUUCUGACAUUUAUAUUUUGUGAAAUUUUGACUAUUAGUAUACUUUGAACAUUUAUGAUCAUAGUAUUUAUUAUAAUUUUUCUUGCUGUAAUUUUUUUUUAAGGAUCAAUGAUUUAAUGUAUUUUUUGGUAGAGGUAUGUUGAUAUUUGAAUUGUGGAAGUCGUGAAUGAAACUAUGCAAGAAUAAAAACUUCACCUUUUUCUCUUUCUAACAAGUAUUUUUAAAUUAAUGUGAUUUUGUGUUUAAAGUUCCCAUGUAUUUUUCGCUUUUAGAUGGUUUUUCUGAAUUGAUGAAGUGUUAUCUUUCAGUUUUAUCCUGUUUGCUUCAUUGUAGCAUUAGCAUUAUGAAUUUUUUCCCUCUCUUUUACUGUAUCCUUACUCUUUUAAAACUGAAUAGAAAUAUAGAAGUGAGGAAAAAAGGAAAUUUUGUACAACUUCCCAUAAUAAGCUCUGCAAAAUAAUGUCUUAUUUCUUUUCCAUAUUCUUAUCAAUUUACCUUUUAAAGUAUGUCAUGUUAGGAGCUGAGCAAGGUCAAUGAAUAAUAUAAUAUCAAACAUAAAUACAGUAAAAGCUUGACUGUCCGGAAAGCAUCGGAAGAGCAAAAUCCGAGAUAUGUAAAAAUUUCAGAUAGCCGAGUGUAUAAAAGAAGCUCCCAUAGAAAAACCAAAUUGUUGAAAGAAAAAAUUGUUGAAAGAAAAAAUUUCAGACCAAAAUUAUAAAAAUGGUUUGUUAUCAAAAGCCUAUAUAUGAAAUUUAAAAAAGAGAGCAUUUUAGACAUAUAGUGAACGUAUUUUCAUAGGCUUUAAACAUAUGAAAAUAAAAUCCCAUGAACCAUGAAAUUUAGCAUAGAUUUUUGUUAAACUUGCACCAACAGAAGUUUGAAGAAAUGGAUUGCCCUUCAUUUUGUUAAAUAAGCAACAAAUAGAAGCUACAGGUACAGCAUAUUAAAAAAAAAUUUCCAUCUUUUAUAAUUUUUGACUUUGCAUUGCCAUUGUUUAUCCAUUUAAAAAAAUAUUUUAAAGUCGCUAAUCUUGCCCAUUAAAUUAACUUUUCUUGGUAACUUUAAAAAUACUACAUUACAUACUGUUCUAUAGAAGGUAGGACAGAGAUUUUUAAUAAUUUUUUUCUAAAUGUCAGGAAAAGACAGAUAAACAGCAGUUAGCUUAUAUAAUUUACGAAAACUUAUUUUUUUAUCAAAAAUUAAUAAGGGAACACGAUGAAGACCUUAUGAUUGUUUAUAACAUCACGUAUAUCUAUUAUUGGUGCUAAAUCACACUAUCGGGCUCUUUUGUUUGUCGAAACUGGUCCAGCGGAAAAGAUAUCUGUGAGGUUCUAAGAGGGAAUUCUUGGAAUUAUAAAGUGUUUGCUUUAGAUAGGGUUGGGAGUAGUUGAAGUGAUUAACAUCUUCUGAAAGAAAAUGUGCUUUUUGCAACCUUCAUUUGGGUAAUUUUUCAUUAAAAAAAACUAUAAUUUGAAAAAGAUUCUGGUUAUUUAAAUGGUGGAUUAUCGGUCUUUUACUGUACUUUAGUUAAUAUUAUGAGUAUGUAAACUUUUAUAUAAUAUUGAUUAUGAAGGCUGUGUGUUACAGUAAAUAUUUGGUGUGUUAUUUGCCAUCGCAAAGUGUAAAUACUUUACCUUUUUAACAUAUUUAGACUUUAAACACUUACUAUGUAUCACCGAAAAAUGAAUUAAGAGAAAACUAAAUGAAUGUAUUAAUUUAAAACACAUAUUAUAUAUCUUUAUGUGGAUUAAAUGAUUAGAAUAUUUUACUACUUUACCUUUGAUUAUUAAAACUUUUCACAUAUUUACCAUUAGAUUUUAAAUUCUUAUUUCCUACAAGUUAAUAUUGUUACCAAAAUGUGGGGGUGGGGGAAUAUUGGCAUGAAAUUCAUGUAGUAGUUUCAUUCUGCAUUAUUUAAAACUGAAGAAUAAGAAAGAACUGAUAGUGAGAUCAGAUUUCUGAUUAGAAAUUUUGGAGCAAAUGUUUAUUUAGUAUAAUUUAAUUAAUAUUUAUCAUUUAAAGUAUUAUUUCUCAUUUAGUAUUGGAUCUAUAAUGUUUAUCUUCAAUGUUUGCUCUAGUCAUGGGCUCAUUGUCAUUUUCAGGACAUGUGUAAAUCUACAUUAUUUUGUAAAAUGACAUAACUGCAGUGUGAAAUUUUCCUUCUGACAAACCUUUUGUGACUGCUAAAAAUACUAUUUUUAAGAAAUGUGAUACUGUUUUUAAUUUAUUCUUUAUAUCUGACCAGCUCUGUGAACUGCUUGUUUCACUGUGUGAAAUUAAUAGUUAGAAAAACCAUAUCGCAACUUUUGUCUUAUUUUUUAUGUUGUAUAUUUGUUUCAUUUUAAUGUUGAUAUUCAAAGUUACAUUUAAACUAAUAAAAGUGUAAUCACAUUAUUCAUGCUUCAAA